AUGUCUGACGCACAAGCUCCUCUGCACCCCGCUGGUACCAUCGAAGCUGCCGACGAGCCCGUCGACACCAGUGAGUUUGACCCCGUUGAGUGGGACGCUUCCUCUGUCGGCUCGCGCUCCAUCACUGCCAGCAUCUUUGCCCAUGAGUACGACGAGAACGGGCGCCGGUACCAUAGGUAUCGCCAUGGCCGCUAUCCAAUGCCCAACGAUCAGACAGAGCAGGGUCGGGAGAAUAUCAAGCAUGUUUUGAUGCUGGAGCUUCUCAAUGGCAGACUAUUUCUCGCCCCUCUCGGUCGCAAUCCUCAGAAAAUCAUAGACAUUGGAACGGGCACCGGUGCUUGGGCAAUUGACAUUGCCGAUCGUUAUCCUGGCGCGUCUGUCGUAGGCAUCGACCUGUCUCCCAUACAGCCGGAGUGGACACCCGGCAAUGUCAAGUUUUUCGUCGACGACGCCGAGGAUGACUGGGUGAACGGGAGAGAUUUCGACUUUGUGCAUUUCCGAUCCAUGGCUCCAAUUCUUCGGAAGCUAGACAAGGUCCUGGUAGACGCUCACGAAAACAUGAAGCCCGGGGGGUGGAUUGAGUUCCAAGAGCUGCAUGGGCAGAUCCAUUCCGACGACGGCACUAUGACGGGUGACGAUAAGCUCAAGACGUUUUACGAGCUCGUCGUCCAAGCCUUUCAGAGUCUUGGUCUGGACUUCCACAAAGCACGGGACUUGGGUCCUCACCUCGAGGCCGCUGGCUUCAGAAACGUCCAGUGCCAAAUCCUGAAAAUCCCAAUUGGCACCUGGCCAAAGGACAACACCCAGCGAUUGAUUGGCUACUACUCGAAACUUGCUGUCAAGUGGGCGGCAACGGCCUUCACAGGCAAACCGUUCGAGGCUACGGGCAUCUCAAAGUCGCAGUCCGAUGCCUGGUGCAAAACCGUCUGGGAAGAUUUGGAGGACGAUAGCAAGCAUCGCUACUAUAACAUGUUCUUCUGGUAUGCUCAGAAAGUCUGA